AUGGUUUACCAGGGCCGUGUCACGACAUAUAAUUUUCGAAAACGUGAUAGUUACUAUACUUAUUCCUCUCGGCUGGUGGGUUUGAAGUUUGAAGUCGCCAACGGACCAGAACCACCCAUAUUGGAUAGUGACUUGUCCAGGGCCAUAUAUGACGCCGACAUUUAUGCCCCAGAACCUGAUUCCCAAGGCGGUUUUCUCCCAAGUUUAUUUGUAUCAGGCCAGCCACCCAACCUAGUACUGGAAGUUCACGGUACCUCCGUUUCCAAAAGCCGCCGGCCUGUUGUUGCUGUGAACGAAUGGGAUCACGGGAACGGCCUGUCCGAGGUUUUAUCCAGCCUUGUUCGAUAUCCUUCAAUGGCCUGAUUUGUCUUUAGCUUUCCAAGAAUUAUCUGGAUUGCCGUCCUCAACAGGCGGUCAACGAG